AUCUUUAUCCUAGUAUAAUCCUUCAGGAUCAGUUGCAUGGAAGUAUAGUUACUGUAGUAAGUUAAUGAAAGCAGCCAAGCCAUAAAUAGCCAAAUAUAAAUAGCCGAUUCAUAGCCAUCAUAGCCUUUAUAGCCAUCAUAGCCAUCAUAGCCAUCCUCCACUCAUCACGACACCUUCCACUGAGGAUGCUCAUCUUCGGCGACGCAGUCGACAAGACUGCCCUGCAGCAGCUGUACCAACUAUCCCAAACACGCCCGCAGCUCGAGUAUUUCCUGCACGCCGUGUCAGACGCCAUUUCCGCGCAUUUACACUCCGUUCCCAUCGAAGAGAGAGACUCGCUGAGGGUUUCCAGUCUGAUACAAGGCCAGCAUGGUCGCGUUGCUUCUUGUGUCUAUCUGACUAUUUGUCAGAUUGGGGAGUUUCUCAUUCACGCACAAGACAAUCCCACCGUAUUGAACAACGAAGCCACGGGCCUUCAUCUCGGUCUAUUAUCCGCCUGUACGGCUUCGGCACAAGACACCUCCCAAAUAACAAGGAUCGGGAUUGAAGCCGUUGUGACCAGUCUAUACGUUGGGAUUGAACUGGCUCGACGGUCUCUUAUCGAUGAAUGGGGAUAUUGUAUUAUCCCCAAGCACCAACAGCCCGAUAUCCAGCGAUGGCUGGAUGGCGAGAACGCAGCCCACCCCCCUCUUCGACAGGUGUAUAUCGGAGUGGUUGGCGAUGAAUGGACGGCCGUCUUCGGUCCGGUAGGGAGACUGGGCCAGAUGAUGCAACAAGCUUCUUCUCCCUGUUAUGCACUCCAUGCGUCUCAUUUGACGAUAAGUGCCAUGCAGCUAUACACCUCUGGGAUACAGGAAUGCAAUGACGCUGCAGUCGCAAUCCUCCAACAGCCUUGUCGAUGGGGGAGCGUUCCUCCCGAGAGCAUCGGAAUUGGCGAGUUCACGUAUCCUGUGGACGGAUUGACUCGCUACCCUCUUCCCCGGGAGGAGAUGGACGGGAUCGCCAUUGUUGGGAUGGCAGGGAGGUUUCCUGGCUGCGAUGGGGUGGAUGGAUUGUGGGAUAUCCCCCCUUCUCGAUUCAACAUAUCGACUGUUUACGAUGCAAGUGAGCAGCAGCACAACUCAACCGCCACGCGAUUCGGCUGUUUUCUGGCGCACCCUGGCCUGUUCGACCAUCGUCUGUUCAACAUCUCGCCGCAUGAGGCCGCCCAGAUGGAUCCCCUGCAACGCCUGUUCCUGACGACGACCUACGAAGCGUUGGAGAUGGCGGGAUACAAUCCCCUCAGCAGCGACAAAUCUAGGGUGGCUGUCUAUUUCAGCCAGUCGACUGACGACUGGAGAACCGUGCUCGAACAACAAGGCAUCCAGUCGCAUUACCUGCAGGGGACGAACCGGUCGUUCGCGCCCGGGCGGGUGAGCCAUUUCUUCGCGUUCGGAGGCGGGUAUUACUCGAUCGACACGGGGUGUUCGUCGUCUGCCACGGCGGUCCAUCUGGCGUGUGCGGCAUUGAAGCGACGCGAGUGUGAGAUGGCGGUGGUCGGGGGAGGAAACGUCUGUUUGAUCCCGGAAUACUUCUCGGGCUUCAGUCGGGGCAGGUUUCUCUCCCGCACGGGGGCCUGCAAGACCUUUUCCCCCGAGGCGGAUGGAUAUUGUCGGGGCGAAGCCGUGGGGACCGUCAUUCUCAAACGUGAAGAGGACGCGAUCCGCUCGAACGAUCACAUCCUUGCUGUCAUCAAGGGGUCUGCUCGCAACACCAACGCCGGGGAAGAUGCGUCAAUCACGUACCCUGGCGAACAGGCGCAAAGGGAGCUGUUCAAGACGUUACUGGGGAAUCGCGAGGAUCCUGCCAUCAGCUAUGUGGAAAUGCACGGCACAGGCACCCAAGCAGGAGACCAGGUUGAAAUGAAGAGCGUGACGGGUGUGUUGAAGCCGUUGCAUGUUGGGGCGUUGAAGGCGAGUAUUGGACAUGCAGAAGCCGCCGCGGGCGUUUCUUCCUUGAUCAAAUGCUGUUUGAUCAUGAAACAUGGCCUGAUUCCUGCUCAACCUGGACUACUUCAGUCAAGCCUUGAUUUCAUCCCCAACAACCUCAUUCCCACUGAAACAAUCUCCCUCCCCCCCGGCGAUGUGGUGGUCAACAGCUUCGAUGCAGCAGGGGGGAAUACCAGUCUUCUCCUUGGACAGCCAGAGAGGAUUCAACGGGAGAAGAAGAAGAAGAAGGGAAGAAAAGACCCGCGAAGCCACCAGAUCGUCGUUCUCUCCGGCCGGACGCUGCGUUCGCUGCAGAUGAACCGCGAGCGCCUACUCGUCCAUCUUGACAAGACCGACGAUGUCGAUCUGCCUGAUCUGGCGUACACGCUCACUCGACGGAUGCACCAUAUCCACCAGCAGAGAUUUGUCGUGGAAAGCAUCGAGGAACUCAAGAAAGGACUCGCGAUGGGGGUUCCCCCGCCUAGGAAGAUCUCCAACCACGCCGUCUUCGUAUUCACCGGCCAGGGGGCGUCGUAUCCGGGCAUGGGAACGACAUUGUACCACACCUGCCCGCGCUUCCAACGAAUUCUGGACGGCUACGAGUCACUCUGCAACAGCCAGGGGUUUUCUUUUAUAGAGAGUCUCCAGGAUGCCAAUACCCAGGCAGAGACCCCGACUGCGCUUGUUGCCCUGGAGAUCGGACUGGCCACAUAUCUACACUCCCUUGGAAUCACUCCCGGCUUGGUGAUGGGCCACAGUCUCGGGGAGUACGCGGCGCUGUGCGUUGCCGGCGUGCUGUCGGUGGUGGACACGCUGUACCUGGUCCAUUGUCGGGCGCUUUUGCUGCAAGAACAUGCCAGAGGAAACGACUACGGCAUGAUGAGUGUCUCCAAGGACUUGCUGGAGGAGUUCGACUAUAAAGGCGCAGGAGCUGAAGUCUCCUGUUUGAACGGGUCGUCGACGGUGAUCAGUGGCCCAGUAGAGGCUCUCGAGAAGGUCAAGAUUGCCCUGCAAGACACUGAACACACUGUUCAAUGCACUCUCCUCUCUGUCCCGUACGCCUUUCAUUCCUCGCAGAUGGAGUGUAUCCUGGACGAGUACAGGACGAUCGCCAGUCGGGUUCAGUUCAAAGCACCUGCGAUCCCGAUAAUAUCGACAUUGACCGGGGAUAUCCAGCAGGUCUUUGACGCCGACUAUCUCAUCCGCCAGACCCGGCAGCCCGUGAACUUCACAGCCGCGAUGCAGACGGUGAAGAGACUCAUUGCUGACGAGGUGGUGGUCGAGAUAGGCCCGCAUCCAACGCUCGUGAAGAUGCUGGCUUCGUCCCUGCCGAACACCACAAGGAAACCCACUCUCCAGCGAGGACAGUCCGACUGGAAGGUCUUGAGUGAGUGUCUGGCGGCGCUGGAUGUCGACUGGGGGGUGUUCCACGAAGACUAUCUCGCCGGUCUCUCCUUGCUUGAUCUGCCGACGUACGCGUUCGAUGCGACGCACUUUUGGAGGGUAUAUAACCACGCAUCUCGGCCGUCUUCCUCUGCUUCCCUCGUCCAGCUCAUCCAAGGACACGUCGUGCAUGGCGUGGCGAUUGCGCCGGCAUCGGUGUUGAUCGAAAUGGCAGCUCCAUUUGCUCCUCCAUCUCGAGAUCUGGUCGACCUGCAGAUGAAGACUCCCUUGCUGAACGGGGAUAACGUCACGGUCGAUACCACAGACGGGAUGGUAACCGUGCAGUCAUCGUCCACCGUCCAUGCGACGUGCCAAUUUGACAGCGUCCAGAAGAGAAGCGUGCCGCAGGGUGCACUCUCUCGAAUGGACGGUCUCUCAGACGCAUCGAACAAACUCCCCGGCCACUUCUUCUACAAACUGUUCGACCGGGUGGUGAAAUACGCCCUCCCGUUCAGAGUCCUGGAGAACAUCGCCGUGGAUGGAGGAGACGACCGGGAUGCCCUGGCCGACGUUCCUGCUCGCUGUGACUCGGUGUUCGUCCUGGAUGCGAUGGUCCAUCUGCCUGGUUUCCUGUUGAACUGCGAUCUCGAUGACGGUCUGUACAUUGCGAACAGGAUCGAGAGGGUCUCUCUGCACGGCUCUCUCGACUCGCCAUUACGGAUCUACACUGUCAUUACCGACAGGACGGACGACACGGCAACCUGCAGUUCCUAUCUCUUCAGGCGGAACGAACAGGUUGGGGUGAUGACGAAUAUCAGGUUUCAAAGGAUCAGCAAGCAGACAUUCAUGACCAUCACCGGCUUGUAUACACAUGAUGACUAUACUGACGCCGAAUAUACUAGAAUAAAGCACAAAACAGACUAUACCACCCUGCUGCAGACCGUGGCCAGAAUGACUGGAAUCAGUCUGGAAGAAGUCCAGACCGCAAGAGCAUUUGCAGAUCUGGGAGUCGAUUCCCAUCUGGGCAUUGCCAUCAUUGCCGAGAUCAACAAACGGACAGGGAGUGUUCUUCCGGCAGCGUUCUUCAACAACUUCCCUACUCUCCAGCAAGCAGAACAGACUCUCGCAGCCGCAGACUUAAAACACAAGAGCAUCCUGCUUCAAGCGAGCACCGUCGAUGGGAGGAAGAAAACCCCCCUCUUCCUCGUCUCCGAAAGCAGCGGGAGUGUCGCUGUAUACACACACUUCCCGGCCAUGGACCGCGCCAUCUACGGGCUGGAAUCGCCCUUUUCCUCGUGUCCCGAGAAGAACAGGCUGAGUGUGCCCGAGCUGGCUCGGGCAUACAUUGCCAUCAUGAAGCAUACGCAGCCUGUGGGUCCCUACCUGCUCGGCGGCUACUCGUUCGCCAGUCUCUACGCCUACGAGAUGGUCUACCAGUUGCGUCGGCAGGGGGAAGAAGUCUCCGCCCUCCUGAUUAUAGACAUGUACGUUCCCCCGGACGUAUCGAUCGCGAAUCGGUUUUCUCUCGAUGGCAUCGGCACUGGACCGUUGGCGAAUAUCACGACGCGGAUCAGUAAGAUGUUCCCCACCUUUACCGAUACCCAGAAACGACACAUGGUUGCUUCGAUGGAGAAUGCAAAGACGUAUGCUCCUAUGGGUAUGUCGAGCUCGAAUGCUCCCACACAUCUCAUCUGGGCAAGCAAGGGAGUCAACCAGAAUGAGAAUGGAGAGGAACACGACGAUUCCCUGACCGGGUAUGCGUGGAUGGGCGGAGACGUCUCGCAGGAAACCAUGACGGACAAGUUGAAAUCUUGGUUCUUUUCUCCGCGGAAUACGUUUGGCACAAAUGGGUGGGAGCAGUUAUUAACUAAUAUACACAUUCACACAGUUGAUGCUGACCACCUGUCGAUGGUUGCGCCGCCUCUGGUCAACAAAUUGGGAGAUGUCAUCAGGGAAGCCUUGAAAGAUAUACCAUAA